UAGAACAAUUGACAAAGAUAAUAAUUUGAAAACAAAAAAUGUUGGAAUUGAUGCGCGAUCAUUGGACUCUGCUACGAGAUGUAUAUCAACACGAUCGCACAAAUCUAACGGGCUACGAUCUAAUCAACAUGUAUAUAAAUAACAACGAUGAAGCGAAUCAUGUGAAAAUGUACACGACAGACGAUGAUUGGCUGGAUCAUGGAACAUUUGUGCUAAUCCACAACAAUAUCAACAAAUCAGAUAUAUAUCUAAAUACUCUAAGUGGUUCGUUCAGGGAUCUACAAAAUCUGCUGAGUUCUCUUCAACUGAACGAUCGAGUCUGGUUUUGUGGCUAUAAACAGGUAUUGAAGUUAACUGUAAAUAACUAUUGCCUUGAGAGAGGACUAAGUUUGAAGAAGUUGGAUCAAAUGGAAACAUAUGUAUAUUAUUUACCUAAAACGACUAUAGAAUCAUUCGAUAGUCGUUUAAUUGCAGAUAUAAAUUUCGCUCCAUUGAACCUUAAGCACGCUACUUUAGUUGAUGAACAUUGGCCAUAUCGUUCAAUUGAUUCUUUGGCACUGAUCGAGGAUCGCAUCCAAAAUCAUAUUAGUGUUGGCGCUUUCGAUGGAAAUGGUCAACUUUUGGCCUGGUGCUUGAGAGCUGUCCAGGGAAGUCUCAGCAAUUUGUAUGUGUUACCCUCUUAUAGGCGUCUCGGUCUGGCUUCUUUACUGGUGCGACAUAUGGCUAAAAAAAUUGCCGCAACUGGAGCCGAGGUUUUGGCCACGAUUGCCUUUGGCAAUGAAAUUUCCCAGCUAUUUUUUGAGAAACUUGGUUUCAAGCUUAUCGACAGUAUAGUCUUCACCAUGGUGCCUGCACUAUGAUCGAGCUAUAUUUAUAUACAUAUGUAUAUAUA